CCCACGGGGCCAGAUCCCCAGCUGCGGGCCGGUCCCCGGGAUGGCGCGGGAGAGGCCGCCCCGCAGGGGUUGCGGCGGUGCCCUGCGCCGGUGUCUGCUCGGAGCCGCGCUGCUGCUCGGCCUGCGGCUCUGCGCCGAGCUCCGGCCCCCGGGCCGCGGAGUCCCGUCGGGGCCGGCGCCCCCGCCACCCGGGCCGCACCUGCAGCCGGCGCCCGGGCCGCCGCGCGGGGCCAGCAGGAGGCAGGUGACCUACGUGCGCAGCGGGCGCCGAGCGCGGCCGGGGGGCGGCGGGAGCGGGACUCCGGAGCCGGGCUGCUGCGCUCCGCGCGGGCAUCCCCCCAGGAAGGGGUCCCGGUGGCACAUUGACCUGCAGCCAUGGGCAGGCCCCGCACAGUCCCUGGAGGAAGAAGCCUUGAGGUUCCUGAAGUACAUCAGCACCACCCAGAUUGCGUGUGAUCACAUGAGCACAGGCAGCCUGGCUGCAGGCUCCAGCCCCACAAAGAAGCCCUGGUCUGUCUGUCUUGAUGACAGAUUCGGCUUAGCUCAUCAAAUCCGCAACAAGCAGUGUCGCCUCUAUUCUUUAGGGCUGGGCAGUGAUGACACCCAAUUUGAGGUGAACAUGGCCAAUGAUGGAUGUGAAGUGCACCGUUUUGACCCUAGUGUUAAAUCAGCUCACAGUUUGGAAAGUCAGCGCCUUUGGUACCAUCGCUUGUCUAUUGACUGGCGUGACCCCCAUCCAGCUAUUGCUGCCCAGAAACUGCAUAGCAACACUAGAAAACUGGGAACUAUUUUGAAUGAAUUUGGGCAUCACAAGAUUGAUGUUCUCAAAGCAGAUCUGGAAAGUGCAGAAUGGAAAGUUUUGGAAAAUCUGAUCCUGGAAGAUGUCCUAGAACAGAUCGGACAGCUCGUCUUUGAGAUCCACCUCCACUGGCCAGGGUUCGAGGUCAGCGGCGGCAGCAGCAGUGUGGUGCGGUUCUGGUACAGCCUCCUCAAGGAGUUAGAGCUAAAGGACUUCAGGCUGUUUCACAGCUACAAAGACUUAUCGAAACCCCAGCUGUUCCUCAAGAAAGACAUUUUCAAUGCAAGCAGCUGUUACACUCUGAGCUGGGUGAACACGCGGUGGAGAGAGGGCCUUGUACGAGCUGGGACAUGAUCAAGAACUCUUGGACCUGGGGCUGAUACGAUAGUACAGCUGCCCUCCAGGUUUUCACUUGUUUAACUUGUCAAGAAGGUGCUUUCAGAGCCUUGCAGGUUUCCUUCCAUCCUCUGCAGAAGCGCAGCCUGUGACUUGCAGCAUCGGGGUGCUCAGAUACACAGAAAUCUGUCACUGCUUUUCUAAGAGGAGACUGUCAAGAAGUUCAAGAUGUUUUUCAGACUCAGCCUUAAAUCUUCCAUUGUUCUUAGGAAAGAGACAACAAACUAAAAUAUUGGUGUCUUCACCGUUACCUGACUACAGACCCAAUUUCCAAGCUGCAAAACCUGCCUGUGCCUUCAAGUCUUAAAAUUAAGAAAACAGGAAACAAAACACAAAACAUUUGAUCUCAAGGAUUGAAUUCUUACUACUGUGAGUUGGUAUUCUGUGUGAAGCCAUGCACUCAGGGCCAGCCUUUGUCUUUCCUGGGAUGAUUAUGCAGCACUUUAGAAAUGUCAAACUUUAUCCAUUAAAAAAAAAUUAAAUGGAAAAUGCAGGGUCCUGAUAAUUCAAAUGAUAACAAUCAUUCAGUUUUUACGAUUAGACAGUCCCCCUUAUACAUGAUGUUUAAAAAAAUCUAUUUCAAGUAAAUAGCAUAUCAGUAAACCAAAUUGUUCUCUUAUUAUAAAUUAACUAUAUUAUCUGGCAUUUUUUUCAGCUCCUGAGGAAGUCAGAAAACUAUGUAAACCAUUCAAGGGGAGGGAAAAGAAUACUGCUUGCUAUUAGAUUUUAUUUCUUUCCCUUCCUUUUCAAACUCCUACCUACCAUAUAUUCCCUGGACUGGCUUUUUUGUUACUUUUAGUGGCUUGAAAAAUACAAAUCCUCAAGGGAAAAACCAAAAUAUUUAGAUUGAGAUGACUUUAUUAGUUUAAACGGGUUCAAAGGGAAAAUAGUUUUAUGACCUAAUAGUGAUGGCAUUUUAAAUACAAAGAUUUUCCUGUUAAAACUCAUUGUGCGCUAGUUCAAAUCAUUUAGGUGAGAAGGUCAACUUGAACAAAUUAGAUUUGAAAAAGCAACAAAAGUCCUCUGCUUUCAACAGCCAUAGGUUAUUUUAGAAGCUUAAAGUGGUUCAUAAUGUGGUUUAUACGAUUCAUUAUUACAGUGCAACCUCUAAGACAAUAAGAACUGCUAGUUCAGCUCCUGUUGGUUUAUAUCACAUAUACUUGUUUACUGGAAAUUAUAUGCUUUGAAAUAUAAACAAUAAAUCUUUUUAUACGGUAAACUUUC